UGUUUUGUUUAUUUGAUUGCUCGGGUGGAAUGUUAUAUGAAUUCAGUGAAAAAAUAUCUAUUUCGUAUAAAACAAAUAAACAUAUAUUAAAAAUAGAAAUUAAAUAUAAGAAAUGUGCUUAUUUUUUCAAAGAUGAAGCUAACAAAUUGAAGGAUUAAAGAAUUGUGCAAAACCAAAUAAAUAAAUCAUUCAUAAUAACUAAAAAAAAAAAAAAAUAUCUUAAUAAAGGGGUGAAUUCUGUGUUUCUGUGUUUCUUCUCAAGUGUAACAAACACUUUGCAAGCAUUGUUGAGUUAACUAAUUAGUAAAGAGGUUGCAAAGGUCACAAACAUAAGACGUCGAUGUUCAUCUCAAUGAAAACAUUUCCUAAAAUAAACGAAUUAUGAAAAAUACAUGUGGCUUUGUGUUUUUUUUUUAAGAUCAUUUUCAAUUGUUUAUAAUUAUUGUUGAUUUUUCGAAACUUAAGAAAUUACUGCAAAUAUUUGCAACAAUGAAUUUUAAGCAAAAGAGAACCUAAGCAAAAUUAAAUUGUUUCUUAUAAAAAGUGAUAUGAUGCGUUACUCGGAAAUCGCUAGAGAACUAUCGGCGGAUAAUUUACGUUUUGUUGAGUUGACAGAUACUGAUUACAGUUUGCAGCAUGGUACCAGAGACUCGUCACCAAUCAGUGAUGCUUCAAAUGGUAGCGGUCCAUUUGUAAGCCAAUCACCGGCAAUAAAUUCAGUAUGCCGCCGUCAUCGCCAUCAAAGCCAACAACAGCAGUGUCAGUCAACACGAAAUUCCUAUUUGGGCCGUCGUCGUUCUAAACGUCAUACUCUCGGCUAUGAUGACGUUAACAAUGAGAACUGCAAUAAUGAUGAUGAUGAUGAUGAUGAUGAUGAUGAUAAUGGCAUUGAUAAUUAUGAGGUUGAUAGUCAUGGAAAGUCACUAAAUGAUGAUAAUCUUUCGUUGAGCGGUCAUAAAAGUAAUUUUAGUGCUUUAUGUGCAAGUUUACGUAAUUCGAGACGCUUCUCCAGCACUGCCUCCAACGUAAUAAAUGAUCGUGUUGCCGAUGGCGCGGCUAAUAAUGGCGCCGCCACAAUUGCUUAUGUGCGUCAACAUAAAGAUGACAAUAAUUCGACGCAAAGUUGUAAUUAUUUAGAUGAUUCCGAAUCGACGGGAGCACAAUGCUCCAGUAAGUCCUUAAAUAUUAAAAGUUCACGACGUAAAAAUUCUAUAGGUUGUUUAACAGCCUUCUCCUCCUCACCAGAUUCACCGGGCAACUACUAUGGUGUAAAUUCCAAAUCACAUAGUUUACCUGGUCACUCGUCGAAUAAAUCAUCGGGCGAUACGUUAGAUUCAACAAUAUUAAAUGCUUUAAGAGUCCCGGCCGAUGAGUUAGCAAAUCAGUUGACUUUAUUGGAUUUCAAUAUAUUUGCUUCCAUCCAGCCCGAUGAGUUAACCAGUUGUGCCUGGACUAAAAAAGACAAACACACAGUCACACCGAACAUUGUCGCAUUUACUAAACGUUUCAAUCACACAAGUUUUUGGACAGUACAGGAAAUUUUAAGCGGUGAACAAGCUAAGCAACGCGCCGAAAUUUUGGCCCAUUUCAUCAAAGUUGCCAAAAAAUUACAUGAACUAAACAAUUUACACUCAUUGUUCGCGAUUAUAUCGGGAAUGCAAAGUGCAAGUAUUUAUCGUUUAAAGAAGACAUGGUCCUGUUUGGCGAAAAAGGAUAAACAUUCUUAUGAGCGUUUAAGUGAUAUAUUCAGUGAUCAAAAUAAUUGGGAAAAUUUACGAUCCUAUUUGGAAAGUCUACGCCUGCCAUGCAUACCUUAUCUGGGUUUAUUUUUAACCGAUUUAAUUUUUAUUGAUUUGGCAUUUCCUCAUAAAGGCGGUCUCGAGCCCGAUCAACGACGCAAUCGAAUGAAUAACAUUUUAAGAGUGAUAGCUAACUAUCAGCAAUCGAAUUAUUGUUACAUACAAGUCAAGGCCACAACACAGAAAUAUCUAAAUUCAAUACGCUAUAUAGAAGAGUUGCAAAAUAUAUUUGAGGAAGAGCAAUACAAAAAAUCAUUGAAAUUAGAACCUGCGUCACCUAUGGUGCCUAGCUCGUCUUCGUGCAGUUCGAAAGAAUCUUGCAACGUUGAAAUGAUAACACCGGCUUUGGCUUGUUUAAAUUUAUCGCCGGCGAAAACUAUAGGCUCGGUGCGUGUAUCUAGUGCCUCAGCAGCCAAUAAAUUUAUACCGGGUCAUCGUAAAUGCCGCAGUCUGGGUACCAAAUUUCGUAGUUCAAGUUUACCACGAAAUUAUUCACAUAAAUCUCAUUGCUUUGCACUGAUCAUGUUUACAAGCUCUGGCAUAAUUUUAAAUACUACUGCAACGCAUAAACGCUGUGCUUGUUGCCGAUGUUGCAUUUUCGGUAAAGCUAAUGUCAACGACACAUCCUCAAAUGCUAUUACACCUGAUCCCAAUCAAAGUCUAUUAAGUCAUCAACCAUCGCGGCAUUUACUGGACGAUUCUGUAUUGGAGACAAAUGCUAUAGUGGCCGAUGCAAAUGUUUCGUUAAAUUUAAAUGAUAAUGUCGACACGACGUUAUCCUGUCAUCUGUGGGAGAAUGAAGCUUUGAAUUUACUUAAUACUCAAACGAAUGGCUUGCAGGGAUGUGUGCGACGUAAAACUGUACAAAAAGAAGGUCGUAAACCCGCCGUAGCCUCAUGGCAACGUUAUUGGUUGCAAAUAUGGGCUAACUCAUUGGUCUAUUUUCCGCCGAAAUCGUUUAAAGGCAGCGAACGCAACGACUUUAAACGUGAACCGUGCAAGGUGUGCCCGCUGGAUGGCUGGUAUGCUCAAAUUGUUAACAAUCCCAAGCAUAAGAACACAUUUGAAUUGUACAAUCGUGCCUGGGGUACAACAUACAAGUUCCGCACCGAUAGUCCACAAACAACGCAAUUAUGGAUAAGCACCAUAUGCCAGCUUGCCGUGCAUAAGCAUAAACCGAAAUUGCAGCCAAUCAAUUUAAUGUCAUUCGAAUAAUGAAUCGACUAUGAUGGCGCGUAUUAGUAGUAUUGACAAGUGGGCUCAGUCCUUAUGUUUAAUUAAGUUUAUAAACACCACCUUCCUUUUGAAGAUUUUUUUUUUUCUCUUUUUUUUUUUUUUUUAAACUCAUUUCAGUUAUUUGCAAGAGACAGAGCUUUUUACUCGAACUCAAAUAAUUUUCUAAGACUGAUAACAAAACGAAAUUUCCUAUGAAACAUAUACACCGUUAAUACAAAAUCAACGAAUUUUUCUUCUUGUUUUUUUUUUUUUUUUCUACUUUCGUUGGCCAUAAGUUAGAGAUUAAAUAAAAAAAAAAUAAAAAAUUAAAAAGAGCUUUUUGGGGUAUUAUAGCAAUUCAGUACAUUCAAGUAAACCAAAAUGUUAAAAAAAAAAAAAAAAAAAAUGUGAAAAAAAAAAAUAAACUUGCUCUGCUCUCUUGCUCGCUUAAAAACUUUGGAAAGACGUACUCUACACUUUUUAAGUAUUUUCAUUUAUAUAUAUUUACAUAUCUUUUGUUUAAUAAUAAUCCAAAACGAAUUUGAUGUAAAGCAAUUUAUAUUUGAAAAAUAUCUAGAAAUUUUUCGUGCAGUUAGUAUUAAAUGUGCUUUUUAAUAUUAAAUAAAAAAAAAAAAAAAAAAA